AUUUAUUUAGGCAAUAUCUGGAUUAUGGCUACCAAUAAGGGGUUAACUAUUUAUGGACAUAUCCUGUCACCAUUUUCAUCUUUUGUAAGAGCUACUGCUGAAUACUGCAACAUUGAGUUCACAUAUUAUACAGUCAACCUUGCUCGUGGAGAGCAUAAGAGAGACUGGUUCCUCAAAAUUAACCCUAAAGGUCAAAUUCCUGCUAUCAAAGAUGACGAUCACUGUCUUGCUGAAUCAAUCGAAAUUGCUAGAUAUCUUAUCAAAAGUAGGGAAGUUGACACUCCACUGUAUCCUUACAGUGAUCCUGCAAAGAUUAAAGAGAUAGAUGGACUCUUUGAAGAGUUCAAGGAUCUCGAACCAGCCACAAUGGAAAUAAACAUGAAACUUUGGGCCGCUCCAUACUUCUUUGGAACUCCAAGACCCUCAGAAGAGAAGAUUCAGACACUGAUGGAUGAUCUUUAUGAGCAAUACCAGAAGUUAGACGAUCAUCUCUCCAAAUCAGAGACCAAAUAUCUCACUAGUGAUGAAACUCCGACGCUGAUUGACUUCUGGGUAUUCAUGUUGAUCUAUAAGCUCACUGAUAACAAUGGGUUGAGCACGGUAGAUAACCAUCCAAAUUUAGCAAAGUGGUUCAGAAGCAUGAAUGAGAUUGCUAUCCUAAGUACAUUGCGUGGACAAGGAAGACGCAUGCUUAGAUUUGUUAACUUCAUCUUUGGAUAUGUAAUGCCAGUUGUGAACUGCAUCAGAUGUAAGAGAAGAAGGCAAGGAUAGAUCUUGACGUCAUA